AUGACGAGAUAUACUAAACUUGAGAAAAAGAAAUAUGAAGAGGCUGCUGGUUUUGAAAAUCUUGCUAAAAAAUGCGAUAAAAAGAAAAUCGAAAAAAGUCCUGAGAUAAGAGUUAAAAGUUCUGAAAAACGCAGGCUAAGGAGAAUCAAAGGACGACUGAAUACAACUAUUUGCUUUGGAUGCAGACAAGUAGGUCACAGUGUAAGAGAUUGCCCGACAGCAAAAGAACAAGGAAUAGGCAUUUGUUUUACUUGCGGAUCAGCUGAACAUACUUCAAAAAGUUGUAAAAAAUCCGUCAAAUUAGGAGAUAAAUAUAAAUAUGCUAAGUGCUUUGUAUGCAACGAGCAAGGUCAUCUUUCCGGUCAAUGCCCAAAGAAUGAAAAAGGUUUAUACCCUAAUGGUGGGGCAUGCAGAUUUUGCGGAAAAGUCGAUCAUUUUGCAAAAGAUUGUACAUUGAAAAAAGAAGAAGUUGGAACUGUUGUUGUAGGCAAGUCAGAUUUACAACAUGGAGCUGAUGAUGAUGAUUAUCAUAUCUUUAUUAAUGAAAAGAAAAAAUUGAAGAAAGAAGAAAAGAUUGAGAGAUUGUCGAAAAUACGGAAAGGCAAGAUAAAGCCAAAGAUAAUUAAAUUGUGA